CAUCAUGUUGUGGCCCUCUCGCCCGUGACAGCAUCGUAGUCUUCCGCCAUUGUGCCUGCAAUGACAUAAUACGUCAUUAUGACGUCAUUCCUUAACAAGUGACCCUGUGUCCUAACCCAGAGGCUUGAUGGAGGGCGAGCGUGGGCUGUGAGCCCUCGAGGCCUCGUUGGCCCGCGAUACAGCCCCAGAAUGGCCUCGCCCCUUAGGGGAAAGCCCUCUUCACCCCGAGUGGAGACGGUCCGCCAUAAGGAGACUUCGACGGUUCGCGUGGAGACCUCGUCCCACCGCGUGGAGACAUCCUCUAGGCAGGUGCGAACGUCUUCCCGUCAGGUGGAGACCUCCCUGCGCCGCAGCGAGGGGCCCCCCACUGCCCCCUUUGGGAAACGGCUCCCUCACGUCCUCGAGGUGUCCUCCCAGCACGUGGAAACCUCCUCCCAGUGCACGGAAACGUCCUCCCGCCACAUCCGGGCGUCGACUCUGCGAGUGGAGACGUCUCUGCACCACGUGGAGAGCCCGGCCCGGCGGGACAAGCCGGCGGCCCGCCAGAACGUAAAAACGGCCCCGUGAGAUGCUGUCCAAAGGCCACGAGAGGGCCCUGGCCCUUGGCCACCGAACGAUUGCCUCCAGUUUCCAGCCAGUCAGCUGCCAGGAGGACCAGUUGUCUUUGGUUUCAUGGAACCAAGCCAUAAAUGAAUGUAAGAAGCAGCCAAGCUGUGAUUUCUGGACUCAGCCAACUGUUACUGACCGCCCUGCACCUUCGACCAUCCUACCUUUGACCCAGUGACUGUUUUAAUUUGAAGCCAACCCAAAAAGUUUUCAGGCCUAUGAUACUGUAUAAAUUGGGCUGGAUGGACAAAGAGGCUGCUUGAGCUUCUGAGCCAGGUGAGUUUUGGAUUGAUAGCCACUGAUAGAAAGACUUUUACAGUCGCAAACUUGUGGAACAGGGACCACA